GCCGGAUUCUGCCCAGGUUGUGUCACGCCCGGGCCGACCUUCUCCCACCAACGCCCGCGCCGAGGGCCGUAGCAAUUGAGCCGCAGGCGGGAGCCUCCCGUCGGCCGAGGAGCAGCCGCGGUAGCCGGUGGACAAGGCUUCCCCGAGCGGAGGUUGGAGGGCUCGACCGGGCUCCAGCAUGGCGGCCGCGGUGCUGGCCGCGCGCUGCCUGCCGGCUCUGUGCGGCGUGCCGGCGGGUCUUUCAUGGUCCAGACAGCUUUCUCUCCACACCUUCCCAGCAGCUUCUGUUCUGACGUUGAAGACUUCACUCAGCAGUGCCCCUGCAUCGUCAUGGGGACGCCGAGACAGCCGUUGGGAUGCCAGCCUGAGCCAUGCGCUGCAGACACAGUGCUGGGUUUCUCCUCCCUGCAGCCUGCCGGGCCAGCAGCACAGACCCUACAGUUUCUUCACUAAGCUGACAGCAGAUGAGCUCUGGAAAGGCGCGUUGGCAGAGACUGGCGCAGGAGCAAGAAAAGGCAGAGGCAAAAGAACCAAGAAGAAGAAAAGAAAGGAUCUGAACAGGGGCCAGAUCAUCGGGGAAGGGCGUUCUGGUUUCCUCUGGCCUGGUCUGAAUGUCCCUCUUAUGAGAAAUGGGGCAGUGCAGACCAUUGGGCAAAGAAGCAAGGAAGAGCAGGCGAAGGUCGAGGCCGACAUGCUCCAGCAGAGGGAAGAGUGGGACCGGAGGAGGAAGAUGAAGGUUACGCGGGAGCGGGGCUGGAGCGGCAACACCUGGGGAGGCGUCAGUCUUGGGCCCCCUGACCCUGGUCCCAAUGGAGAAACGUACGAGGAUUUUGAUACGCGCAUCCUGGAGGUGAGGAAUGUUUUCAAUAUGACAGCCAAAGAGGGCAGGAAGAGGUCCGUCCGGGUGCUGGUGGCAGUGGGCAACGGGAACGGAGCAGCAGGUUUUGCUGUUGGGAAAGCCACUGAACGAAUAGAUGCCUUCAGAAAAGCAAAGAAUAAAGCAAUUCACUAUUUACACUACAUAGAACGAUACGAAGACCAUACAAUAUUCCAUGACAUUUCUUUAAGAUUUAAGAGGACGCAUAUCAGGAUGAAGAAGCAACCCAGAGGUUACGGCCUCCACUGCCACAGGGCCAUCAUCACUAUCUGCCGGCUCAUCGGGAUCAAGGACAUGUACGCCAAGGUCUCUGGGUCUGUCAACAUGCUCAACCUCACCCGGGGCCUCUUCCACGCGCUCUCCCACCAGGAAACACACCAACAGCUGGCCGAUAAGAAGGGCCUGCACGUUGUGGAGUUUCGUGAGGAAUGUGGCCCUCUGCCCAUCGUGGUGGCCUCCCCGCAGGGCCCCUUGAGGAAGGACCCCGAGCCGGAGGAUGAGGUUCCUGACACCAAACUGGACUGGAAAGAAGUGAAGGCCGCACAGGGCAUGCAGCGCUCUGUAUGGUCCAAUGUAAAGAGAGCUGCCACCUAGCCUUCCUCUGGCCUCCAACAGCGUACAUCAGAGCAUCCAGCGCCAAGCAGAAAUUCAGCCUUUCACCACUCUGGAGUGGUUUGCUUUCGUUUUUGUUUUCAUUAUUUGAAGAGAGUCCAGCCUUGACUCCUUCAUUUAAAAAUAAAUAAUUUUGGG